AUCUCUGGCGGAGUGGGCGGGGCUUGGGCGGUAUGGACUUGGCUAGCUAGUUACCUGCCGCAAGCCGUGAUGUUUAUUAUAAAUCCUUUCGCCUGGUAUCUUAAUACGAUGAUCUGCUUUCAAAGAUCAGAAUGAAUCGGUAAAAAAAUUUCUAAGAAUUUUUCUACUUCAGGGGGAGUGCUUAUGAUUGUUUUCAGUGAGGAAUAAAUCGUGCUGUAUGUCAGUGCUCUAUCAUAAGGACUGCAGUUGGCCUCCUGGUCCAAGCUGCACGAGAUCUGCUGCUCCUGCACUCACAGUCAUGUUUAUUUCAUAACGAUGGCGUCAAGGAGCCCUGUGAACUAAAUGACUGUCAGAAAUAUCGCCUCCAUUUGUAAUAUGGGCACCAAUGCCUCUGCUCUGGAGAAAGACAUUGGUCCAGAGCAGUUCCCUAUUAAUGAACACUACUUCGGAUUGGUCAAUUUUGGGAACACAUGCUACUGUAACUCGGUGCUGCAGGCACUGUAUUUCUGCAGGCCGUUCAGGGAGAGCGUGUUGGCCUACAAGGCGCAACAGAAGAAGAAGGAGAACCUGCUGACCUGCCUGGCUGACCUCUUCCACAGCAUCGCCACUCAGAAGAAGAAGGUCGGAGUCAUCCCUCCGAAGAAGUUCAUCUCUCGCCUGAGAAAAGAGAAUGACCUGUUUGAUAACUACAUGCAGCAGGACGCUCACGAGUUCCUCAACUACCUUCUGAACACGGUGGCAGACAUCCUGCAGGAGGAGAAGAAACAGGAGAAACAAAACGGACGUCUGAAGAACAACGGGAGCACGGUCACUGCCGAGACGGAGACGGAGAACAAGACCGAUUCCACCUGGGUGCACGACAUCUUCCAGGGAACGCUGACUAACGAGACGCGCUGCCUCAACUGCGAGACGGUAAGCAGUAAAGACGAGGACUUCCUGGAUUUGUCUGUGGAUGUCGAGCAAAACACUUCAAUAACACACUGUCUCAGGGACUUCAGUAACACGGAGACGCUGUGCAGUGAGUAUAAGUACUACUGUGAAACCUGCUGCAGCAAACAAGAGGCCCAGAAACGCAUGCGAGUGAAGAAGCUGCCCAUGAUCUUGGCCCUUCACCUGAAACGCUUUAAAUACAUGGAGCAGUUGCAGCGCUACACGAAGCUGAGCUACCGCGUGGUCUUUCCUCUCGAGCUGCGCCUCUUCAACACGUCCGCCGAUGCCGUCAACCUCGACCGCAUGUACGACCUCGUGGCCGUGGUGGUGCACUGCGGCAGUGGGCCAAAUAGAGGACACUACAUCACGAUAGUGAAGAGUCACGGCUUCUGGCUGCUGUUUGACGAUGACAUCGUGGAGAAAAUUGACGCACAGGCGAUAGAGGAGUUCUACGGUCUGACUUCUGACAUCUCUAAGAACUCUGAGUCAGGAUACAUCCUUUUUUAUCAGUCCAGAGAGUGACCAGAUGAGAGGAUGAACACAGAGCAAAAACAAAGAAGCAAAGGAAAACGGAAAGUAGGGGACAAAACAAACGAAAGAGAUGUAGUUUAAUUAUUAAUACUAUUCAGUCCACAGCCCAGUCUCUCUCUCUCUCACACACACACACACACACACACUCAGGAGCAAUUUCUGACAUCUGUGCCAAUAGCACCCUGACCUCAUUUUUGCCAAUACUACAUUUCCCAAAAUCCCCCUCUCUACAUCAUUACUGCACUCUGGGGGUGAACUGUGUGGGGUUUUUUUUUCGCAGGGGG